CACGUAAAGCAUUAUUUAUGUUUUAUUAUCUAAUAAUAACAAUCAAACGUUAGACAUACAAACUCAUAACUACAAUUACAAUUAGAAUGGGAACGAAAGAGUAUUAAUGGGAAUGAAAUAGUUUACUGCACAUGUGAUGCCGAUGUGUUGAAAGGGGACAUACAACUACAGGAUAGUCGAAGAAUUUAAUUGAGCGGUCCUGUGGUGCCGGAUGAACGGAACCACGGAAUACCGACUCCGUACAUGGUCAUGGACGGAACACUUGCACCGCUUCUGCUUCUGCUUCUGCUCUUCCUCCCCGCCCUCCUCCUCUACCUCCGGCGCCGCCCCGCCGCCGCGAGCCGCAUCAACAACAACCACUGCCCCCACCCAAACCCCGUCCUCGGCAACGCCCUGCCCUUCCUCCGCAACCGCCACCGCUUCCUCGACUGGGCCACCGACCUCCUCGCCGCCGCCCCGACCUCCACCAUCGAGGUGCGCGGCGCCCUCGGCCUCGGCUCCGGCGUCGCCACCGCCAACCCGGCGGUCGUCGACCACUUCCUCCGGGCCAGCUUCCCCAACUACGUCAAGGGCGCGCGCUUCGCCGUCCCCUUCGAGGACCUCCUCGGCCGCGGCCUCUUCGCCGCCGACGGCCGCCUCUGGGCCCUCCAGCGGAAGCUCGCCUCCUACUCCUUCUCCUCCCGCUCGCUCCGCCGCUUCUCCGCGCGCGUCCUCCGCGCGCACCUCCACCGCCGGCUCGUCCCCUUGCUCGACGCGGCGGCGGGCUCCGGCGAGGCCGUCGAUUUGCAGGACGUGCUCGGCCGGUUCGGGUUCGACAACAUCUGCAACGUCGCGUUCGGCGUCGAGAGCUCGACGCUGCUGGAGGGAGGGGACCGCCGCCAUGAGGCGUUCUUCGCCGCGUUCGACGCCGCCGUCGAGAUCUCCGUCGCGCGCGUGUUCCACCCGACGACCUUGGUCUGGAGGGCGAUGAGGCUCGCCAACGUCGGGAGCGAGCGGCGGAUGCGCGACGCCAUCAGGGUCAUCGACGAGUACGUCAUGGCGAUCGUGGCGUCGGAGGAGCGCCUCCGGCUCCGCCGCGGGGAGGACGAGCGCGAGCACGAGCAGCACCUGCUGUCGCGGUUCGCGGCGUCCAUGGAGGAAGAGGGCGGCGAGCUCGCCGCCAUGUUUGGGUCGCCGGGAGCGAAGCGCCGGUUCCUGCGCGACGUCGUGGUGAGCUUCGUGAUGGCCGGGAAGGACUCCACCUCCUCCGCCCUGACGUGGCUCUUCUGGCUCCUCGCCGCGAACCCGCGCUGCGAGCGGCGCGUGCACGAGGAGGUGUCGUCGUCGCGGCACGCGGACCCUCGCCGCGCCGACGCCGGAGAAGACGGCCACGGCGACGGGUACGACGAGCUGAGGCGGAUGCACUACCUGCACGCGGCCAUCAGCGAGGCGAUGCGGCUGUACCCGCCGGUGCCGAUCGACUCGCGCGUGGCGGUCGCGGCGGACGCGCUGCCGGACGGCACGGCGGUGCGCGCCGGGUGGUUCGCCGACUACUCGGCGUACGCGAUGGGGAGGAUGCCGCAGCUGUGGGGCGAAGACUGCCGCGAGUUCCGGCCGGAGCGGUGGCUGAGCGACGGCGGCGAGUUCGUGGCGGUGGACGCGGCGAGGUACCCGGUGUUCCACGCGGGGCCACGGGCGUGCCUCGGGAGGGAGAUGGCGUACGUGCAGAUGAAGGCCGUGGCGGCCGCCGUGAUCAGGAGGUUCGCGGUGGAGCCGGUCCAGGCGCCGGCGAGCAUGGAGACGCCGCCGGCGUGCGAGGUGACGACGACGCUGAAGAUGAAGGGCGGGCUACUGGUGCGGAUCAGGAAGCGGGAAGAUGACGCAGCGCAGCAGAAGUUGACUUGACCACUGAUAAUAAGCAAUUAAGAACUCCAAUCAUGUUGGGGGUAAAAACACUGUUGUUUAAAAAAGCAUUAUCUAUUCGGCAGUAUCUUGUUGAAAUUCGAUCCAGCAUAAAAUAAGCCCCAAAGAGACAGAUACUACAUCAGUUCCUAAAUAUUUAACACCGUUAAUUUUUUUAAA